UAGAGUAGGCGUUUUCCGGUUUAAAGAAAAACACAGAGAUUCACUAAAAAGAUGAUUCGAUUCAUUUUGAUUCAAAAUCGAGCGGGGAAAACAAGAUUAGCAAAGUGGUAUAUGCAUUUUGAUGAUGAUGAAAAGCAGAAAUUGAUUGAAGAGGUACAUGCAGUUGUAACUGUAAGAGAUGCCAAGCAUACCAACUUUGUGGAGUUCCGAAAUUUUAAAAUUGUGUACAGACGAUAUGCUGGGCUGUAUUUCUGUAUCUGUGUGGAUGUCAGUGACAAUAAUCUUAUGUAUCUCGAAGCCAUCCAUAACUUUGUAGAGGUUCUCAAUGAAUACUUCCACAAUGUGUGUGAACUGGAUCUGGUUUUCAAUUUUUAUAAGGUGUACAGUGUUGUGGAUGAAAUGUUUCUAGCUGGUGAAAUAAGAGAGACAAGUCAAACUAAAGUUCUUAAACAAUUGUUAAUGCUCUCCUCUUUAGAAUGAUUUGUUGUGAAUGAGACAUAAUUGUGUUGUUUAUAUGUGUAAUGUGAAUUAGAAUUGAUAUAUAUGUUCACAUUCCAAAAAAUAUAGGUAGAGAAAUUGUAGUUGAAGUAUUAAAACUGAAUAACUACAAAUAGUUACCUAGAAGCACAUGUGGGUUAAGUAACAUUACUACCAGUGUUUUCCAUACAGCUAAAUGUGUAUGUAACAUUCAUUGAAUGCAUGUGCUUGAUACAUAAAAGGCUUAAAAGCAUAAAUAUAUGUAAAAUAAACAAGAGUAUAUUAUGUGUGGGAAUCUGUAAAUCAACCAAUUUCAAAAGCAACAACUCUACCAUUUUAUAUUUCCUGUAUUUAGAGGUGGAGUAUUUUUCCCUCAUGAAGGAAUUGUGCAAUUUAUAAAUAAAAGAUUGAAAUAUUAAA